AUGUCGGUCGCCAAUGCCGGGAUUAUUGUGGCAGCCACAGCGCCAGAGGCAGAAGAUCCGAAGAAGGAUAUUGACGUCGUUCCCUCUCGCGGCAACACUUUCGACGAGGAACACCCUGUUGCGCCAGAUCAAUUUGAUCCGAAAUAUGAGACCUCGAGAUGGGAAGUGUGGGCCUACUAUGCCUACUACAUUGGCAACAACGGCUUGACGCUGUUCAAUUUCGCGCCAACCUCCUUCCAAGACUUGCUAUACGAGGCCGCCGGUGACAGCGAGAGACUGCAAUUCCUGGGAGCGUCCCGGACGAUCAACAGUAUCGUCUUGCUCACGAACGGGAUAUCAUUUGCAAUUCAGGUGGUCCUCUUCCUAUUCCUUGGUUCGAUGGCCGAUUAUGGGAGAUGGAGACCUUAUAUUCUGAUUUUCUGGUCGGUUGUGGCUUUUGCGCUAGGAUUCGGUUGGUUAGGGGUCCAUACGCAGGAGAAAUGGCCGGUUGCGACUGGGCUGUACGCGGUUGGCUUGAUUUCUUAUCAGAUGUGUAUCACCUUUUGGACUGCUGCAUUUCCCGGUCUGGCAAGGAACACACCCCAAAUGCGGGAAAAGGCCGAACAGUAUGAGAACAGCGAAAUCACACGUGAUGAUUACGACUUUGCAGACAUGAUGGAGCGAAAUCGCAUCUACAAUGUUGCUUUCAUCAUGCAGAGCGCCGGCGAAAUCGUGAUUCUGGCCAUCCUGGUUGGCAUACUUUUUGCUCUGCACGUCAGAGACAGUGCAGCGAACAACCUCUGGGGCCUUUCGGUGCUCAUCGCGUACGCCACUGGUGUUUGGAUCGUGCUUGCGAUCCCUUGGUUCAUCCUUGAGAAGAGACGGCCUGGACAGCCACUCCCACCGGGCAAGAACAUCAUUAGUGUCGGCUUCUGGAACAUCUGGCGCGCUCUGGUUCAGAUUUGGGAGCUGAAGCAGAGUCUGUUGUAUCUUGUUGGCUAUUUUCUGUUGGGCGAUUCGUUGAAUACAACAGUUACGGUGAUCGCCACCCUUCAGAACUCGGUUGUCUCGUAUGACACCCUUACUCUAACCUACCUGCUCAUUGUGGGUAUCGCUGCCCAAGGGGCCGGCAUCCUUGCCUACUGGCUCAUCCAAAAACGGUUCGGCCUGAGCACCAAGGUCAUGUUCGACGCGGUCAUGAUCGGGAUUGUGCUUCUCGACGGCUGGGGCAUGAUUGGUAUCUGGACGCAAAAGUUCGGCUUUCACAACGAAUGGGAAUUCUGGGUGUAUCAAACCUUCUAUGGGCUGUUCGUGUGCCAAUGGUACGCGUACUCCCAGACGAUGAUAUCCGAAGUGACACCACGAGGGAAAGAGUUCUUGUUCUUCAGCUUGUACUCAAUCAUGGGCAAGACCAGCGCAUUCAUUGGCCCGAUUGUGAGCAGCGCUAUCAUCGACGCGGAUCCAAAGGGCAACAACAGUCUGCCGUUUUACUUCCUCUUCGGCUUGAGCUUGUUGAGUUUUCUGCUCCUGUUCUUCUUCGUGGACUUGCAGAAAAGCAGAAGGGAGCAAGAGAGGUUCUUGAAACGAGAGGAGGCUGCAAAAGAACGUCGUGCAAGCAUCAUCAGCCAGGGUCGACCAUUGAAGAAUGGCGGAAGCCUUGAUGGUGUCGGCGACGCUGUCAAGGACCACACCAAGUUGUGA